GCCCUGGCAGACUUUGGCCGUGCAUCAGUUAGUUACAAAUUCUCGUGGUGAGAACUACAAUUUCGACUCGGGGUGGACGAGAAUUCCUUCCAUCAGCUUUUACUUCUCGGUACGCUUGUGCGUGGAUCCCCAUCGAGUUGUAGUUGCCCCUGCACACCCGGCCGCCGCCCUUAGGGACAUUUAUUGGAUUGGAGUCUUGACGUGGGCCCGUUGGUGCGUACGAUGGCCGUGACCAGAACGGCCCGCAGCCCCUCGUGGCUGCUGAUUGCCGCAGCUUUACCAUUUUUGUUCAUGUUCGUGCUGAAACCCGUUCGAUCAGCACCCACCGAAACCGAGGAUGCGACUGCUUUGGAUACAUACGACGGCUCUGGCUGCUACUACAACUACCAACACUACGGAGAGGGCGACCGGAUAAUCACGAACGAACCCUGUCUCAACUGCACCUGCCACAACCGUAUGCUCAUGUGCUACCUGAAGGUGUGUCCUUUCACGAAGGCCAUCGGCUCGGACUGCACGGUCGAGAAGCGACCUGACCAGUGCUGCCCGGUGAUCACCUGUCCCGAAGUUCCAGUCCAACUCGUGGACAACAGCCUCUCUCCCAGCACCACUCUCCGCCCCGUCUCCCAGCAGUCCACCGCCGUCGGACACCCUGACAGCUUCGGCUGCUCGAUCGACAGUGAGUUCUACGCCGACGGUGCUCAGGUUCCUUCAGACAAAAACAAGCCCUGUGAACUCUGCUACUGCAUCCGCAACCACACUGCUUGCGUCAUGCAGGAGUGCACCCUGAACGUCGAGGGCUGCAAGCCUGUCUUCCAGGAUGGUAUUUGCUGUCCGGUCAGAUACGAAUGUGAAUACCCUGACGAGACCACCACCCUGGGCUCUAUUGCUGGAUUCUUCUUCACGACCACCACCACUAUUUCCCCAAGCACGAUGUGCAAGCACAACGGCGAGGAGUACGCAGAUGGUGCACUGAUCCAAGUGGACGACAAGCCUUGCGAACACUGCUACUGCAUGAGAGGAGAAAUCGUCUGCGCUGUCCAAGAGUGCGGCACACCUUUGGAACGCGAAGGACACAAUUGUACCGCCCUGCCUACUCAGCCUGGAAAAUGCUGUCCCGAAAUGUACCAAUGUGAUGGAAUUGAGUAUGUGAUGGAUACAACGAAUAGGAUGAACCGCAAACAAUACGGUUUAAGCGUUGAUGACACGACUUUGCCAAGCAUUCCUGAAGCCAGCAGCAAGCCCGAGGACGAUGUCCCUCAGCUUCCCCAACAGGAUGACCAAGCUUCUGGAGUGGCCCUCAAUGCCGACGAAGAGGAAAAGCAGCCUGGAGAUGUCCACACUGAGUCUCCUGACCACGUUUCCUAUACCGAGACUAAGCCGGCCAUGGAAUCAGACAGCCUUGUGAAUGAUGACCAGGAAGACAAACAGGACGUUACUACUCUCAGUCCAUCUCUGAUUGAGGAGCCUGCGGAGGACUCUGUUGCUGCUCAGGAGCCGGUUGAUCAGCAUCCUUCCGAGGAGGCACAGCAAGAGCACGUUGAUCAGUUCGCCCACGAGGAGCCUGUGCAAGAUGUUCACCUGGAUGGGGAGCAGGAACACGAGAUUACGCACGAUGAAAUUACUCACGACCACGAGAUUCAUCACGAAGAACCUGAAGUUGUUCAGCCCGUUAAUCCCACCCCAGAGCAGCCUGCUCAGGAGGAGCAAAAGGAAUCAGAAGCUGAGGUUUCUGCCCAUACUGACAAGCCUGUUGAGCCAGAGUCAGAUGCAGUGAAUGAAGAGGUCGAUGAACACGUUGCUCAGGAUCAUAAGGAACCUGAAGAACAAGAGCACUCCACUGAAGCUUCCACCGAAGGUUCCCUGAACGCUCAAGACGAUGAAGUUGUCCCUCAGCACGAAGACAACAAAGAGCAGAACGAGGCCCACGAGGAGCCUGCCGAAAUUGUUCAAGAUUCCGUGUCCGAGUCUUCCACGGAAGUCGGCGAGUCUCAGGAUGAAGUUGCAGCUGUCACUGAGCCUGCAGCUGAGCACGUCAACGAGCCGGCUGAAAAUGAUGCCAGCGAUGAAGAAGUUGUGACUGACAAGGUUGACAUUGUUCAUGAGCCCGCUGAGAACGAUAAGGAGCAUGCACCUGCUGAUGUUCACGGAGAGCCUGCUGAGCACGAAGGAAUUCAACAUGAGCCCGUUGAUGGAGAGGUUGAACAUGACAAUAUUCCUGCAAACGAGAUCCAUCACGAACCUGGCCACGAGGAGCCUACUCAUUCCGAGGAAAAUAUUCACCAGGAACCUGCUCAUGAUGAUACCAUUCAUACCGAUGAGGGUGUCCAGCAUGAACCCGUUGACGAGGAGCCUGCUAAUUUUGAUGAAAAUGUUCACCAUGAGCCUGCUCAGGAGGCGCCCACUCAUUCUGAGGAAGGCAUUCAGCACGAGCCUGCUCACCACGAGGAAAAUGUCCAGCACGAGCCCACUGAUGAUGAGACUGCUGUGCACGAGCCGGUUGAGGAGCCUGUGAAGCCAGCUGAGCAAGAGCCAGUCAAACAGCCUCAGUCUGACGAUGAAAUUCCGCAAGCCACUGAACAGCCUGUCGUUGAUAUUGAGGUCGCAACUGAACAACACCUUGCUGACAACAUCAGCAAUGAGCCCGCUGAAAUUGAAAGUGACAAGGCUCCCGAGCACCACGAAACUGUCGAGCAGCCUGCAGAGCUGGGCGACCAGAAGGAAACUGUCCCUGCUGAAGUUGUGAGCGUUACUGACGAGCCAGAGAAAGAGGUGAAUACUGAAACACCAGUGCAAGAGCCCGAGGUUGACAAUGAUGACCACAAAGAGCACGAGCCUGUUCAUACUGUGAGCCAAGAUGAACCUGAAACUCACCACGACGACCAGCAGAGUGAAGUGGUUCAAGAUACAGUGCAACAUGAGCCUGAAAACAUCGAAGUUCACCAAGAUGAAGUUGAACAAGUUGUGCCCACAACCUCGGCUCCUUUUGUUGCGGACGAAGUAGGAUCUGAGAAGGAGAAUGAUGAGAAUGCAGUUCAAAUGGACAACCUCCCUGUCGAGGGCGCUGACGAAAUCCACCCUGAACCUGCUCAUGAUGGCGUUGAUGCUAAUGAGCCUGCUGUGCCCGCUACCGAGCAGCCAUCAUUUGAUCAUCAGGAUGACAACGUGGAUGAGCCCCAAGAGAUCUCUACUGAGUCCUCUGAGCAACAGAAACCAGUCCAGGAUAAUGUCGAAACUGUUCAUCAGGACGAGCAUGAAGUUCCAUCUCACGACCAACACGAAAACGUGGAAACUGAGAAGCAACCAGGCUUUGAAGUUGAGAAUGACGCCGCUGAAGUGCACACCGAGCCUCAGCUUGUUGGCACAGAAAAACCAGAGCAGGACCAACCAGCCCAAGAAGCUGAACAAAUUUCUGACAAGACUGACGCGCCAAUUCACGCUGACAAGGUAGAUGAACCGGUUCAUGACCAUGCUGAAGAGCCCACACCUGUUGAUAUUGCUGAGAAGCCCGUUCAAUCUGAUGAUGUUGUGGCCCCUAUCCAUGAUGAAGAGCCAGUGCACUCUGACGGUCUUGAAGAGCCAGUUGAUAACGCCGAGAAGCCCGUUCAAUCUGAUGAUGUUGUGGCCCCUAUCCAUGAUGAAGAACCUGUGCACUCUGACGGUCUUGAAGAGCCAGUUGAUACCGUUGAUGUCGAGAAACCAGUCCAUGAGGAUGUUCCAGUCCAAUCAGUUCCUGCUGAACAGGAGGAAACCAACGAGGAUCACUUUUCGGUUGUAGAGGUCAUCACUAAGCCAUCGAUGGAAUCCGACUCUAUGGUGCAUGAAGCUGAGGAACCAGUGAAGCAAGUCGAAGAACCUGUUAAGGACGAGGUUCAGCCUGUGAAGGAAAUCGAGGAACCUGUAAAGGAUGAGGUGGAGCCCGUUAAGGAAGUCGAAGAACCAGUCAAGGACGAGGUGGAACCUGUGGAGGAAGUCACGGAACCAGUAAAGGAAGAGGUGGAACCAGUGAAGCAUGUCGAAGAACAUGUUACGGACGAGGUUCAGCCCGUGAAGGAAGUCGAGGAACCUGUCAAGGACGAGGUGGAACCUGUGGAGGAAGUCACGGAACCAGUUAAGGAAGAGGUGGAACCAGUGAAGCAAGUCGAAGAACCUGUUACGGACGCGGUUAAGCCCGUGAAGGAAGUCGAGGAACCUGUCAAGGAUGAGGUGGAGCCCGUUAAGGAAGUCGAAGAACCAGUCAAGGACGAGGUGGAACCUGUGGAAGAGGUCAAGGAACCAGUUAAGGAUGUGGAAGAGCCGGUCAAGGAAGUCGAGGCCGAUAAACCAGAAGAGCAAACUACUGAAAACACGUUUACCCUGGGUGACAUCAUUGAAGAGGUGAACAAACUGCCCGCCAUCAUUAACCUGACUCCUCAACACCCUGCUAUGCAAGACAUGGAAGAAGCUCAGCACCACUAUGGAGAUGAGGAUGACCACGAUGAGAGCCAGUCUGACAGCAAGGAGCCUGAAACCGAAAUUGAAGAUGUCAAGGAGUCGGAGAAACCAAUUAAUUUGGAUUCAUCAGUACAGAGCUCAGAAGAAGUGACUGAGGCCAGCGACGAAAUUUCCACCGAAUCAAACGAGGAGGACAAGCAACCAGUCAUUCCCGGAGAAGGAGACUGCAGAAUAGAUAACACUGUCUAUAAGAACGGAGAGAACAUUCCUGUUAGCAACAAUUGUCAGAAAGUAUGCGAGUGCAAGAACAGCAUUGUGCAGUGCCAGCUGCAAGAAUGCCCUCCUCCUCCGACCACUAACAGAGACUGCAUGCCUGUUGUCCACGAAGGCAAAUGCUGCCCUACUUACACAUGCGAGCACGAGCCCCAGUACGAGAUUGUGACUAGCCCUCCUGCUGACUCUGUCCAUGAUGAGUCUCACGAUGAUGAAAACAACCACGAUGAAGAAUUCACCACUCAGGCUUUCGCCCACUCAACUGAGGCCCCUGUCACUGUUGUUGAGAGCAAGCCUGCUGAUUUUAUUCAAGACGAGAUCUCUAGCGUUCCGCAAGAAGUGACCAAGCCCGAUACCUUCGAACAAGAUGAAAUCCCCGGUCAAAGCUCCCACCCCGCUCAAGUUCCUGCGUUUGAUGGCGUCGCUCUUGAUGUUGGUGAUGACGAAUCGGAAAAGCCUGCUAUCCACGAAGAUCGUCCGGCUCAGCAACCAAUUUAUGAUCACGUCGACCAACAGAACACCGAGGAUCAUGACAUUGAAAUCAUCACCCAGGCAGCAAUCACUGAUGCACCAGCUAGCGCAGUUGAAAACCAAGAAGCUCAAUUCGAUGGUGCGGAGGAAACUCACCACCAGGAUGAGAAGGAAAGCGAGCCAGCAGUAAACCAUGAAAAUGACGCUGAAGAAAUCGCCACUUCUGCCCCUGUUGCGGACGUUGCUGACGUGAGCCAAACUUCCGAAGCUGAUCCCUCUCAGGAAAUUGAAGCUGAUGUGCACACUGACGCCCCGCAAGCUUCUGAUGAAGUCCAGACCGACGCCCCUGUGAAAGACGCUGAGCACGUUUCGGAGCCUGAGCAUGAUGCUGUUUCUCAGCCGGAGGAACCUGCUGUUCAGGAGCCACAGUCUGAAAUCUCUCAUCCUGCUGUGCACGAUGAUAAGCCUGAGCAUGAUGUUGUUUCUCAGACGGAAGAACCUGCUGUUCAGGAGCCACAGUCUGAAAUCUCUCAUCCUGCUGUGCACGAUGAUAAGCCUGCGGACGUUGCUGAAACGAUCGAAGAGACCGAGAAGGAAGCACCGCCUGCGACCUUCGCACCUGAACAUAUUGAGCUCGCUAAGCCUGAAUCUGAUGACGUUUCCCAAACUGGCGAUGCUCACGACACUGAACACGAGCAAGUUACUUUCACACCUGACGCCAUUCCUGAAGUUAGCACUGCGGAAGCUGAAAAGACACCUGCUGCACCUGCAGAGAGCGACAGUGAUGCUCCUGAGUGGGUUAAGCCCCCAACUCCAAUUGGCACUGGAUUCAACGCUGAGGAGAUCCCAGAACACCACGAUGAAGCUGAAACCCCGUCCGAGCAUUUCGUUGCCGAGCCCAUUCCUGAUGUUGUGUCUGAAGUUAAGCCCGCCAAGCCAGUAGAAGCUGCGGAUCAGACCAAGCCCGUUGAAGCUGAACAACCUUCUCAAGUUGCCAAUGAGCCUUUGGAACAUAACCCUGAAGUUGUACAUGAGCCAAUUGAUCAUAACGAGCAGCCCGCUGAGGAGCCUCAGGAAAUCAGCCAGGAACAUACCGAGAGCCAACCCGAGCAGCCUGCUCAUGAGCCUGUGGAAACUCAUGAAGCUGAGCGCGAAAAGCAGCCAGAACAGCCAAUUGAAAUUGCACAUGAACCUGUUGAGCACAAACCUGAGCAACACACCGAUAAGCCCGUAGAGCACGUCGAGUAUCCCAAUGCCCCAGUUGAGAACCAACCAGAGGUUCCAGUUACAACUGAAGCCAGUGAGAUUCAGCCUGAACAGCCUGCCGAAAUUUCUCAUGAGCCAGUGGAGGAGCAUCAUGAAGUCAGCCACGAGCCUGCUGAAGUCAAGCCCGAGGAGCCUACUGAAGCUGUCCACGAGCCUACUGAAGUCAAACCCGAGGGACCCACUGACGCUGUCCACGAGCCUGUUGAAGUUAAGCCCGAGGAGACCACGGACGCUGUCCAUGAGCCUGCUGAAGUCAAGCCCGAGGAGCCCACUGACGCUGUUCACGAGCCUGUUGAAGUUAAGCCCGAGGAGACCACAGACGCUGUCCCCGAGCAUACUGAAGUCAAACCUGAGGAGCCCACUGACGCUGUUCACGAGCCUGUUGAAGUGAAACCUGAGGAGCCCACUGACGCUGUCCACGAGCCUGUUGAAGUGAAACCAGAGGAGCCCACUGAUGCUGUCCACGAGCCUGCUGAGAUCACACAUGAGCCUACCGAGGUUAAACCAGAAGAGCCAGUGGAUGAGCCUGUCGAAGUCACGCAUGCGCCAACUGAGGUUAAACCAGAGGAGCCAGUCAAUAAGCCAGUUGAAGACAAGCCAUUGGAGCAUCCCACUGACGUUGAGCACGGAGGAGCUGAUCAACAUGUACCUGAAAUCUCUACUGAGACUGCUGAGAUCAGCGUUGCGCCGGAGGUUCCCUCUGAUGAGCAAGUUCACCACGAGUCUCAGACUGAAAUUGAACAAGAUAAGGGUGAAGAGCCCAAACCACAGGUGCAGAUCGAGUUUGAAGAGCACCAUCAAAUCUCUCCUGAGAUCAUUCAUGAAGAGCACGUUGAGCAGCCGGCCGAGCAGCACGUAGAGCAGACAUCAGAAGCUCACCACGAGGAGCCUGAAAACGUACCUGAGGUGCACCACGAGCAACCCCAAGAGCACAAGCCCGAGGAGCACGAGGAAACACAUGAGGAGCCAGCUCCUGUUGCUCCUGAAGAGCCUAAGCCUGCCGUUCACGAGGAGACCAAGCCUGCCGAACCUGAGGAGCCUGAGCAAGUUGAGUACAAACCUGACCAAGGCCUAUCGCAAUACCCCGACAUGACCGGACUACCAUCUUUCGAGCCCUUCGACGAGAUGGGCUUCCCUGAUAUGUCUUCAAUGCCCGGCUUCGAGGAGGAGCAGGGUUCUUUCGGACCUGGCACCUGUCGCUACGGUGGCAAGGUGUACCUUUCCGCCCAGCAAAUUCCUAGGGAAGAUCCUUGCGAUUUCUGUUUCUGCUUCCGCAGCGACAUUAUUUGCCUGCAACAGAGCUGCCCUCCCCCCAUCAAGGGCUGCCACGAGGAGGCCAUCGACGGCUUCUGCUGUCCUCGCUAUGAGUGCCCAGUCACUAUGGCUUUGAGGAACUCGACUACCACGACCACCACUACUGCGGCACCAUCUGUCACGGAUUUCAUUUACAGUAGGCAAGCGAAUGCCGGCUGUCUGGUCCAGGGCGAGCUUUACAAAGUCGGAGAUGAAAUCACAACUGCCUCUGGUCCAUGCCUCGAAUGCAGGUGCGGUGGAGAUAGCAAGAUGAGAUGCGAGCCGAAAGAGUGCAGCCCGCAGCCUCUGAUUAGGAAAAUGAUUGAAGCUGUGAGCCUCCGAAGAUAAAAGUAUUUCGACAGUGCAAUUGCUUGACCUCACUUUGAGCUUGGACUUAAAAAGAAUCAACACUCACAAGUGUGCUAAAAUUCAUUAAGAAUAGUGCCAAAGGAUUUAAAAAUGUAAUUUAUCUCCGAAUCUAGGUAAAGAAAAUUAGGUAUCAAUCAAUUCUAAAAAUAGCACAAGUGAUUGUACAUCUUUUCGCUGCUACGCAUAAAAAGUGUGAUGCUUUGAACUUUUGUGCCAGUUCUACAAACAGAACGCAAUAAUACGUCAAAUGGAACAAACAGAAAUAAUUCAAUUAUUGAUAGAAAUGUGUCAAUUAAGAAAUAUGACAAAUUGCUUGACUGAUAAGUAAAAUGAUAAAAAGCAAAAUGACUCAUUGGGAGAAAAUUCGUGUUCAAGUUGGCGCUUGGCUCCUAAGUACUUAAGUAAGAUUUAUUACUUUGGGCACAAUUUCUUAUUUAAUUAUUAGUGGUGUUGUUAUUUCCAAUGUAAAAAUCUUUCAGGGGAAAAUACUAACAAAUACCCAAAUUUACGAAUAAAACGAAAAUUAAAGAAGAGACUUUUCGGAAGGCUUGUGCCCUCGCAAAACUGUAGCCGGCCCCUUGCCAACCGACACAUGAAGUCAAAACGAUAUGACUUCUGUGGUCUCAUAUUGAGCAUUGAGAACCUGAGGAAUUGUUUGACAAAUAGAAGCAACUCUAAAAAUAUUACCCUGCCAUUCUGAAAAUAGUUUUCUGUUUCUUGAACACUCAGGUUGUGAACACAUGAGUCGCAUCCAACAUUAUUUGUAUUAUACAUUUCCAUUAGACUAUGUAGCGUGAAAUUUACUUUACAUUGAUGUUGGUCGACUUCAUCUUGAGCCUAUUUAGGUAGUAGCUUAAGUAAACUGAAUUCGUUGGUAUGCCACACAGCCAACCCUUUGUACCAAUUAAUUUAAUUUGUUCAAAAAUGACCAGGUUAGGAUACAUUCAAAUUAAAUUAUGUUUGUUUAUUUAAACUGUUAAAUAAACUGUAAAAUAUAAACAA